AUGCUGGACAAUACCCCCAAGGAGCUCGAAGCUGGCAACUAUGACACCCAGGCCUCGCCGACUUGCAAAGGCGAGCGCAAGUCGACUGCCGGCGCCUCGAUCCCGCACCUGCUCAUGAUCUCCAUGCCUCGGAUGGCGGUCCGAAUGGCCUGGACAGCGCAGUGGUCCGCUCUCGGCCCGUACCUUGGCACUAUGAUGCCCAAGUACGCGGUUCAACUCGCGCAGAUCAUUGGCCCCGUAACGGGCAUCCUCGUCGCACCGACAGUCGGAGCGUUCAGUGACCAGAGCACCAACAAGUGGGGCCGUCGUCGGCCGUUCCUGCUGUACGGCGCUAUCACGAGUGCGAUCUGCUGGACGGCCAUGGGCUACACCCGCCAGAUUGGCGACGCGCUGGGCGACUACGGCACCGGCAAAAAGGGCGAGCUGACCGACAGGACGUGGACGGUCUUCUUUACCAUCUUCUUCUACGUGUGGAUGGACAUUACGGUCAACGUGGUGCAGACCCCGUUGAACCUCUUGAUCUCGGACUUUGCCGGCGACCGACAAACGCUCGGAGCUGCUUUGGGCCAAGGAUGGUCCGCUUUGGGCGCUGUGAUGGUCUCCAGCUACAUCUACGCGUUCGGAGCGGCGCAUCUAACGCUGCGCUGGUUCCUCUUCAUGCUGUCGGCUGUCAUGGUUGUUAGCGUCUCGGUCUCGUGCUUCUUCAGUCAAGAGGACAAGCCGCGCGAGAAACUUCUUGAGCAGCAACAGGAUGAUUCCUGGCGGGCUCUUGUCAAGAAGGCCUUCGAGUCCAUCUACACGGGCUUCAAGACGCUGCCUGGAGAGCUGUUCAAGUACUGCGUCGUCUUCUUCUGCGUCAUGUACGGCUACACGGCGUACAACGGCAACAAAGGGCAGUUCUUCGGCAUCGAAGUGUAUGAUGGAAACCCAAAAGGUGCCAACAUUUGUGCCCCCGACUGCACUGCGGCUCAGGACGCGUACAACCGCGGCGUUCGUGUUGCUGGCGGAUACACAGACCUCAUCUUCAGCAUCCUGGGCUACGUCUACUCGUGGGCGUUGCCGUGGCUGGUCAAGCGAUUUGGCGCCAAGUGGGUGCUUUCGGUCUCUCUCGUGCCUCUGUCGCUGCUCAUGAUCAUGGCCUACUCGACGAACGUGGAGGUCAACGUGGCCAUUGUCAUCUCUAGUGCCAUCAGCCUCACCACGAUCAUGGCUCUAAAUGUGCCGGUGAUUGUCCACGUCAUUGGGAGCAACGCGGACAUCGGCGUGUACGUGGGAGUGUUCAACACGGCGAAUUGCCUCGGCCAGCUACUCAACUUUUCCAUUGGCGCGGGCAUUGUCGGGACCUCCAUGGGCUACAAGCUGCCCGUCUUCCUGGGAGGAGUCAUGAGCUUCGUCGGCAUGAUCGUCACCAUUCUCUUCUUCAAGGUCAAAAUGUAUUCCCUGUAA